AAUCACAAAACACAAACAAAAUUACUCACUCUCUCUCUCUCUGUCUCCUUAACAAUGGGAGAUCGACUCGAAGAAGAUGAGAAAAGUGCUUUAGAUAGUGUAGGUCAUGCUGAUGCACCCACCCCUGCUACUCACAAAACAACCAAGCCAUUUAGCCACCAGCUCCGUACUAACACCGGAACUCACAUCAAACGGCAUCCUCAGCACCGCAAGCAGAGCCUUGAUGACAAUGCCAUGCGUUGUAACAUUUCCUACGGAGGCUCCUCGGAUGAUGAUUUUGGCGCCUACUCUGCCACGCCUGAUGCUUGUCGGUGGGAGGCUACUUCCAAUAAUGCCGGGGAUGAAUAUCAAACAAUGCCCGAGUUUAUGGGGAAUGACAGCAGUGCCCCCUCCACAUUCAAAGCUCCCAUUCGGGCAGCUGUGCAUCCCAACCGCCCUACGUGUGUGGAGUUGAGGCCACAUCCACUUAGAGAGACUCAGGUUGGGAGAUUUUUGAGGACUAUUGCUUGCACUGACACGCAAUUGUGGGCUGGAUCGGAGUGUGGGGUUAGGGUAUGGAACUUGACCGAUGCCUACGAACCUGGCCUUGGGAUAGGAGGGAGGGCUAAGAGAGGGGAUGAGGAUGCAGCUCCUUUUUACGAGUCUGCUAAUACGGCCCCUGCCUUAUGUAUGAUGGCUGAUGUUGGUAGUAAAUUGGUCUGGAGUGGGCAUAAGGAUGGUAAGUUAAGAUCCUGGAAGACGGAUCAGGCAAUGGAUGAUACUCCUUUCAAGGAAGGGCUUUCGUGGCAGGCUCACCGUACUCCUCUUCUUGCUUUGACAAUAUCAGCUUAUGGCGAUAUAUGGACAGGCUCAGAAGGCGGUGCUAUAAGAGUUUGGCCAUGGGAAGCCAUCGAAAAGUCUCUUUCCCUAUCACAAGAGGAAAGGCACAUGGCUGCUUUGUUAGUGGAGAGGUCAUUUAUCGAUCUCAGGGCUCAAGUUACAGUCAAUGGGGUCUGUAACAUAACUUCGUCGGAUGUGAAGGUGUUAAUGUCUGAUCAUUUUAGAGCUAAAGUGUGGGCAGCUUCAUCUAUGUCAUUCUCCCUAUGGGAUGCUCGUACAAGGGAAUUGUUGAAAACAUUCAAUAUAGAGGGUCAGAUUGAGAAUAGAGUUGACAUGUCAUCUGUGCCAGAUCAAGUACUUGAGGAUGAUCAGAGUGUGAAAUUAGCUACCAAAUCAAAAAAAGAAAAAGGCCAAUCUAGUUUUCUGCAACGCUCACGCCACGCUAUUAUGGGUGCUGCAGAUGCAGUUCGUCGAGUAGCCACAAGGGGAACUGGGGCAUUUGCUGAGGAAACUAAAAAGACAGAAGCUCUGGUGGUUACUGCAGAUGGUACAAUUUAUAGUGGAUGUUCUAAUGGACUGAUCAUACAGUGGGAUGGAAAUGGUGUUCGUUUGAGAGAUUUUCAGCAUCAUCCUUGUGCUGUACUGUGCUUCUGCACCUACGCGUCUCGUGUAUGGGUUGGCUACGUCAGUGGUAUGAUCCAGUUGAUGGAUCUGGAAGGCAAUCUGACGACCAGUUGGGUCGGUCAUAAUUGCCCUGUUAUAAAAAUGGUCGUUGGUAACGGUAAUGUUUAUAGCCUGGCCACACAUGGUGGUAUACGUGGUUGGUCUGUUGCAGCUCCGGGACCUAUAGAUCAAAUUAUACGACCAGAAUUAGCCAAAAAAGAACUUAUGUAUACGAGCAAAGAGAAUUUCAAAAUUUUAGUUGGAACUUGGAAUGUAAGCCAAGGAAAACCUUCUAAGGAUGCCCUUACGGCAUGGUUGGGUGCUGCAUCCAACGAUGUAGGCAUUCUUGUUAUCGGACUACAGGAAGUAGAAAUGGGGGCCGGGUUUCUUGCCAUGUCUGCAGCAAAAGAAACUGUAGGACUUGAAGGGAGUUCAAUCGGGCAAUGGUGGCAGGAUGCCAUCGGAAAGGUGCUAGGUGAAGGAACAAUUUUUGAACGAGUAGGAUCACGGCAAUUGGCAGCCUUGCUCAUUGCUAUCUGGGUAAGAAAGAAUCUUAGAACACAUGUGGGGGACCUGGAUGUUGGCGCCGUUGCCUGCGGUUUAGGCCGAGCCAUUGGUAAUAAGGGCGGUGUUGGCUUGAGGUUAAGAGUUUAUGAUCGGAUAAUGUGUUUUGUGAACUGUCACUUUGCUGCACAUUUGGAAGCAGUCAAUCGUCGCAAUGCUGAUUUUGAUCAUAUAUAUCGAAACAUGGCCUUUAUUCGGUCACCAAACCUUCUGAGUAAUUCUUCUGCUGGUGUCUCAUCAGCUGCUCAAGGGCUUCGCGGUCCAAAUGCAGUAGAGAUUAAUCCUGACGAAGGGAAGCCUGACUUGGCUGAAGCAGACAUGGUUAUCUUUUGUGGUGAUUUCAAUUACCGACUUUUUGGAAUAACUUACGACGAAGCCAGAGACUUUGUCUCACAAAGAUGUUUUGAUUGGCUACGCGAAAAGGAUCAAUUAAGAGCAGAAAUGAAGGCUGGCAAAGUGUUUCAGGGAAUGAGGGAGGCUCUCAUCAAGUUUCCGCCGACCUACAAGUUUGAAAUUGGGAAACCAGGUUUAGGAGGAUAUGAUUCUGGAGAAAAGAAGCGCAUCCCUGCGUGGUGUGACAGGAUCUUAUAUCGAGACAAUCGAACAAAGCAAGAAGCAGAGUGCAGUUUAGAGUGCCCUGUAGUGGCUUCUAUAUUACAGUAUCAAGCUUGCAUGGAAGUGGUGGAAAGUGACCACAAACCUGUCCGAUGCAAAUUCAAUGUUGACAUUUCUCAUGUUGAUAGAUCUAUAAGGAGGCAAGAAAUGGGGAAAAUCAUGAACUCAAACGAAACGAUAAGGGCUUUGCGAGAAGAGCUACGCCACGUUCCCUGUACAAGUAUCAGUCCAAACCGCAUAACCCUACAAAGCCAAGAUUCCUGCAGUUUUAGGAUCACCAACAAGAGUGGAACAGAUAAUGCCAUAUUUCACGUAGUCUGUGAAGGACAGGCUACUGUCAAGGACGGUGAAGAACAUUUGGAAUACCGUUCAAGGGCUUCAUAUGGUUUUCCUCGUUGGCUUGAGGUGAAUCCGGCAUCUGGUGUGAUCAGACCUGAUCAAACUGCGGAUAUUUAUGUACGACAAGAGGAGUUCCAUAGCUCCGAAGAAAAUGCUAAUGGUGCAGCACCAGGCUAUUUGUCAGAAGACAAUCAGGAUAAAGAAGUGGUUUUGUUGGUUAUUAUAAGGGGCAGUUGCUCGACGGAGUCGAAAACGCAUCGACUACAUGUACGACAUUGUGUCCCAUCAUCGAAAUCAGGCACUGACUCUACAAAACCUCGAGGUUCUAGGAAAUACAAAGGUAACACCUAUCACCGCUCUGGACUUCGACAUGGGGGCUCGACUGAUGAUGAUCACAAGACCUCUGAACCUGUUCAAACCAGUCCUCAACCAAAGCCAGCCAGAUUCAAAAGAAGGGCUCACAAGCCUACAAGGGCAAAGGUACCCAUCACAGAGAUAACAGACUUCACUCUUGAGGAAGAGCAAGCACCUUCUACCACACUACCAGAACCUUCUCAAGCUCUGAUGGUACUUCCUCUUCAAGCUGUUCCAAUCUCUGAUGGUGCUACAGCAUCUACUACAUCUUCUGAAGUAGAUGAAGAAAUAAAGUCUCCAGAAAACUACAAGUCUGAUGUAGUUGAUGAAUCUGACAAAGUAGCUUUGGAAGCUCUGCAGUCUCUUGCUAAGGCUGGUGAAGAGCCUAGCAAAUCAAAGUCUAAAACUCAAGAACAAUCUGCUCCAGAGACUGAUGAGAAAGUUGCUGAUCCUCCAUCUGAUAAUGAUGAGGAUGAUGAAAGUUCAGAUGAUGACAAUGAUGAAAAUGAUAAUGAAGUUCCUCAGUCACAUCUACAACAGAAGUGGGAGUCUACCAGCCAAUAUCAUGACAGGCUGCAAACUCUGAAUACAGACUCUGAGCCACUUCCCAGGGAUCUUCAGGUUGAUCCACCACAUGAAAUUGUGAUCACUAUAUCAUAUUAUAUAGUGAGUUUAAAGGACCUAACACAAUUUCUUACAGACUUGUAG